CUAAGCUGGCUACCACCAAGGCUUGAUAUAGACACUGCGGUGCCCCAACGAGUGGAAUACGUCAUUGAGCAGCGCCUACCCGGCAGACGUCAGUGGUUCGAGGUCGGCAGAACACCGCACAGAAACUACAUUCUCGACGUGGAUACAACUUCGCAGUUCCGUGUGAGGAGCUUCAUUCCACAGUCACCUCUUUUCUACGAAACCCCGACUGUUCCGAAGAGCCGUAACUUCUUCAUCGGCAGUGAUGAUGGACCUCAAACCGAAUGGAUUCGCGUUGAUGAUUAUCCGACAUCCCUCAGAAUGUCCCCGCUGCCUACAGGGUCUCCCGCGGAACGGCAUCCGCUCGUUCUGCCAAGCAAGCUCGAAGCUAAGCAUGUCGGUCUUUCAUCGGUGUUGCUGCAGUGGGAGUUCCGGGACCUUCCGAAAGACCAUGAACCCGACCGAUACUACGUUCUUGAACGACGGCUCGUCCCAGAAUCUCCGGAUUAUCUGGCAGAGCCCGUCUGGGAACCGAUCGCUAGAAUUUCAUACUCGCCUAUAUUCACGACCUACGAGGUCACGGACCUAAUUCCUGGUCGCACCUACAACUUCAGGCUGAUUGACAGGACCCCAGGCCAAGAUAUGACUACGCCGAUAGCUCUCCGAACGGUGAGUCUACUGGAACCGAUCAGGACAACCGGCGGAGACCUUCGGAGACCAUGUCUUCCUACAGUCUCUGACUACGUCCUGAUGCCGCGUAACUUUUCCGCCCAGUUUCUGCCAACACCAAGUGGAGGCUUUAGGUUCUCUUGGUUGCCCCCACAGAACCUUGAACGCCAGACAGACCUUAUUAGGUAUCGCAUAGAGGGACGACCAGUUGGCGACCACAAGGCAAGCUGGAUCACUAUCGCGGACGCCCUGCCUAGCACUCACUACGUCCUCACACCGGCGGACAUAAAGGGACUGGCCAUGAGACCGGAAUCAAGACCCGGAAGUCGGGUGGCUGACUUACCUAGUCGUCCAUCAGACUGGGAAUUCCGCAUAAUUUCCACCUUGAAUGGAGCUAGCAGUCGACCUAGACCCUUGCCAACGCCAAUUUCUCUUGUCCCGGAAGAAGAACGCAAACCACUCCGUUUCGUCAACAUGGACGAUGUUUGCGAUGUCAAAUGUGUCCUCGGUCAAACUCUUGUGGUUGUCGUCAACGUGGAAGGACAUCCCAAGCCUUCAGUGAACUGGUACCUCAGUGGCACAGAACUCUACGAAGGAGUGGAUUCUAAUGUACACUUUCUCACGAGAGGCGACGGUACGUACGAGCUCCGCAUCAAUAGGGUGGAAUAUAUUCACGAAGGAGAUAUCAAAUUUAGGGCCCGAAAUCAGUAUGAAGAAAUUGUGCGAACCUGGCACGUUCAUAUUGAUGCCCCGGCUCGCUUCAGCCGAACUGUUUUCCUCGCCGGUCAGAGCGAUCAUCGUGUGACCAGUGGAGGAAACUGGAAUCUACGCCUGCCCCUUGACCUACCUUUCCAGACUUUGCAUCGAAAAGGUUGGGUGAACAGGGUCUGGCUGGAAUGCGUGUGGCGGCCGAGAGGCCGACUCUCACCAGACCUCCUACCUCCCGUAGAGCGUAGGGCGAAAAUCGACGUGUCUGAAUGUGGCCGAUGGGUGUACCUAAAUCUUGAUCGUGUGCUACCCCAAGACGAGGGACUUUAUCGCAUCUGGAUUGAAAAUCCAGCCGGACGGGACUACUUUGAUGUGAGGUUACACGUAGAUGACAAGCCUCAUGGCCAGUUGCUACCACCUACUGUUAAUCUACGUGAACCGGGUCUGUUACUACUACGUUGGCAACCGCCGUCCACCUCAGAUGAUAUAUUCUCCAGCACUGGUUAUCGCAUCGAGUAUAGCACAGAUCGGGAACCCGACAACUGGGUCCUCUUGGGAACAACUCCAAUCACUCAAACAGAGGUUUUGGUUGGUGAUCAGUUGCGUCCAGGACUGCGCUAUCGUUUCAGAAUUCGGAUGCAAAACCUCCUGGGUUUGGGCCCCGCCAGUGAACCUUCAGACUACGUGAUCCUGGAGACACGAACUGAAAGCCGUUUGAGUCGCCGUUCUUCAACCAGACCACUGAAAAUCAGUGAUGGUACCUUUGAGGAACGUUACGAAAUUUUGGAGGAGUUGGCACGAACACCUCACGCUUACAUCUACCGGGUGCGGGAUAGGCGAACUGGAAAGAUCGGCCUGGGCAAGGUUCUGAACCUAGAGACCCUGCCCGACGUUCAAAUGCGCAGGUCAUCCUCAACACUGAUGGAGAUGCGUCCGACCGUGUACACACCAACAACGAGAAUUAGGCACUUUGCCGAAGAGGAGCGACGCAAGAGAGCUGAGAUGGAGCUCAGACUCCUGACUAGUGUCCAACACCAAAAUCUGGUUGAUCUUCGUGACGUCUUCCUGGACGCUAAACGCCUGAUCUGGGUCAUUGAGGAUCUGGUCCCAGUUUCGCUGUGGGACCAACUGCGCAACAGAAUCACAAUGAAUGAAGAGGAUGCCGUUUUAGUCAUUCGACAGAUUCUCAACCUUCUGCACUCCCUGCAUACGGAGGACAUCUCCUAUGUCGGUUUGAGUCCAGAAAAUCUCUUCUUCACCGAUGAGAGACGCAAGAGAAUUGUCCUCGGUGGGGCAACACAAUAUCAGAGGCAUUUGGAAGAUCGUCCUGUGCGGCUGUCGUUCCGUUCAACUGUCUAUGUACCUCCAGAAAUUUACUCAGCAGAACGCCGACACCAGAGGCACCCUCCAGAGGUGAGCCCAGCCGCCGAUACUUGGUCUGUUGGCGCCCUGUUGUACCAAAUAAUCACCGGUGACACAACUAACCGUCCCAGCAUCGCGGAACUUGAAAGACUCAAAGUCUCCCCAGCCCUCAUCGAUUUCGCCCGAAAGCUCCUCGAGCCAGAUCCCACAAAGCGUCCAAGCGUUGAGGAAGCCCUUCAACAUCCCUGGCUCACAGCUGAACUGCCCUCGAGA